AAUGUCUUUGAGGUCAAACAUCAAACACUUCAUAAACGCUACUUCAAUUCGCUCGUUUUCACGCAACUUCCAUCACAAUGGUCGGCGUUCCUUUCCGCCGGAGCUAGCUGGUCCACCUCUGCAACAAGGUCCAUACCAUCUUCUCAAAGAAGACCCUAUUGAAGUUCUAUCCAACCUCUGGGUCAAGACCUUCUCACAACCGGGAAAGCCCAUCUCUAACCUUACCGGAUUCCUCUCGAAGCUAGACCUCUGGGUCCUUGCCUACCAGCGUACCUGCGCCCACGUCACCGGCUCCUUCCCCCCACGCAAUGCAAUCCACAGUCACAUCCUCUCCGAUCUUGUCUCCCUACGAAACACGGUUGUUUCGGGAAAAUUCAUCUGGAACGACAAGGCGCAUCCAGUAAUUCGUGGACCCAACGAAAGACCCAUUGCGAGCCUCUCCCGCCGCCAGCUCGAUACUGUUCUCACCUCCAACACCCCGCCGUUUCAGGACCAGGUAGUUCAAGAAACUCUUCUGAUGAUUCUCGAGCCGAUUUUCGAGCCCCACUUUUCUGCUAAGUCGCAUGCUUUUCGUCCUGGCAGGAACCCCCACACUGUCAUCCGGACCAUCAGGAGUAACUUUGCUGGGUAUUUAUGGUAUUUGAGAGGUGAUGUAAGUGACAUUUUCGAUAAUGUUGAUAUGAACACAACCAUGGAUUGCAUUGGAAAAGUCUUGAAGGAUAAGAAGGUAUUAAGCUUGAUCAGAUCAGGUUUGAGAGCAGGAAGCAGUGAUGCAGGCAAAGAGAAGAAGUUGGAUAAAAACAAAUUGAAAAAAGCCCAGACGAAGAAAAGAAUUCUGAAAGCAAAUGAGCCGAAGCCAGACCCAUAUUGGCUGAGGGCGUUCUAUGAUUUUUCACCAGAAGAGGCUGUAAAGAUACCAAAAUAUGGCUACUGUGGGAUUCUCAGUCCAUUGCUAGCAAACGCCUGUCUAAAUGAGCUUGAUCAUAUGAUGGAAGAGAAGAUAGUUGAGUUCUUCAGGCCCUGCGAGCUUGACACUAUUUGGAAACACUCUAUUGAUGAUGGUUGUCAUAAUCCGUCUUGGCCCGAGUUUGUUCCAUCGAGCGGGAAAUGGAAAACGAGAAAGAUGGACUACAUUCGGUUCGGGGGACAUUUCUUGAUUGGCAUAAGAGGUCCUAGGCAAGACGCUGUGGAUGUUAGGAAGGAAAUAAUCGAGUUUUGUGAGAGAGAGUAUGGCAUAAGAUUGGAUAACUCAAAGAUUGAAAUAGAGCACAUUAGUAGGGGGGUUCAAUUCUUGGAUCAUAUGAUUUGUCGCCGGGUAAUAUACCCCACACUCCACUACACAGCCUCGGGAGGGACUGUUGUGAGCCAGAAAGGCGUAGGGACACUUCUCUCCGUCACUGCCAGCCUGCAACGAUGUAUUCGCCUGUUCCGGCAGCUCAAGCUUGUGAAGGGUGACAGUGAUCCAGAGCCACUUCCUUGCACCCCAAUGCUUUAUUCCGGUCAAGCUCAUACUAAUGCUCAAAUGAAUAAGUUGCUUGAGACAUUAGCCGAUUGGUACAGGUUUGCAGAUAACAGACGGAAAGUUAUCGGCUUUUGCGCUUACGUGAUCCGUAGCUCUCUGGCUAAGCUGUAUGCGGCCAGAUAUAGACUGAAAUCUCGUGCUAAGGUGUAUAAGAUUGCAUCGCGCGAUCUGAGCCGUUCCUUGAGGGAACACAGUAACAACGCCGCACCUGAGUACUCUGAUCUUCUGAGGAUGGGACUUGUUGAUGCUAUUGAAGGUGUUCAGUUUUCUCGCAUGUCAUUCAUCCCGUCAUGUGAUUACACUCCGUUCCCGAGGAACUGGGUCCCAGAUCAUGAGAGGUUGUUGCAUGAGUAUGCCAAAUUACAAGAUCCUAAAUUUUUUUGUGAACUGCUCAAGGCUGUGAAAAGGAAGUCUUUGUCUUUACCUCAAGAUGAGGUGUCUGAAAUUGUUUGGGACUACAAGACACUCGGCGUGCAAAGCAAGUGUUUCAGUGGUGAUUAAAAAGAGCAAAAUUAUAUGGGACUCGGUGAUUUUUUGGGAUAAUGAGAGAAAGGGGCAUAGUUCAACUAAGGCAAUCCGACUGGCAGGAGUCUCAAGUUUGUGUCACAACACUUUUUUCCCAAGACAACUGCUCUUCAUUCUUGAAGAUCACUUCUGGUUUACUCAAAUACCGUGGAUAGUUUCUAUGUAUAGAUAAUAGAAGUGGUGAUCUUUUCCGAACAGCCCCUGCGCUUGAGAAGUGUCUCUGUUCACACGCUCUCUUUCUCAAACUAGUAGUGUUUAAAGAGAGUUAAAUCGCAUGCACUGCUCUGAAGCCCAUGAUAUGUGAACCCUUGAGCUAGGUGAUAUGAGACUUUCUGAAUCCAAUUCAGAAAAUACCCCUGUACUUCAUAAAGUUACCAAUUCGUUCAUGUAUGGAAAAUAAUUGUCUUUCUGAAUCCAAAUCCAACCUACCUUGAGACCUUUCCCUAAAAAUGAAUUUGCACUGGGUUCACUUUAUCCAAACGGAGCAUAAAAAUCCAGCAUUCAUAUUUGAAACUAAAACCUUGAAUUCGAAAACAGAGUCUUGAUAGAAGGAUCUGAGACAUAUUUUUUGUUCAGUCAUGGCGGUGGCAAUGGGUAUCCAAACGUCGUGGGACUUCACCUGCGACUUGGAAGUAAAUUUAGGAUGUCAAGAAAAGGCCCAAAUCAUCUAUACACGCCUACACGGCUUUGUGUGUUGAUAAGGAGUUGCAGCCGGAUAAGGUAAAAAGAUUGAUGUCAGCUUCAGAGGGGAAGCUUGUGGUGUGAGUACCGCCGUAUUGGAUUUUACUCCCGUGCUGUAAAACCCUAUAUAUUGAAGGAGUCGUUUAUUAAUAAUCCAUUUGUAUUACCAUACCAGAUUACAGGCACAUUUGCAUAACUUUUUUAGCUCAUCUUUUUACAUCAUCAUAACUUAUUAACUUUCUAUUGCCAUUGAUAUUUGG